CCCCACAGGCAGGAGGCCAGUGCUGGGAAGGCUCUGCUGGCCGUGGGUGGACCCGGUGGCCUCGCCACGCCUCCCAGACAAUCGCGGACAAGCCCCGGCUCCGGCGGGAUCCGGCACAGCGAGCAUCCCCAGGCACGGCGCGCAUCCCCAGGCACGGCGGGCACGGAGAGCCGCGGGCCAUGGCAGGCAAAGCCCACAGGCUGAGCACGGAGGAGAGGGAGCAGCUGCUGCCCAACCUGCAAGCCGUGGGGUGGAAAGAGGUGGAAGGCAGAGAUGCCAUCUUCAAAGAGUUCCACUUCAAGGACUUCAACCGGGCCUUUGGCUUCAUGACCAGAGUGGCUCUACAGGCAGAAAAACUGGAUCACCAUCCCGAAUGGUUCAAUGUGUACAAUAAGGUUCACAUCACCCUGAGCACCCACGACUGCGGGGGUUUAUCGGAGCGAGACAUCAACCUGGCCAGCUUCAUCGAGCAGGUGGCAGCUUCCCUCUCCUGACCAGGGAUCCACGCAGCCAAAAACUCACUGUGCCACUGUAUCCUGCCUCCACGUAUGCACCCAGAGCCUCUUCCCACUUCCAAGGUAGAUCCUGACUCCAAACAGCCUGUUGACACCUCGCCAGCUCCCCCAGAGCAGCUCAGACGGAUGGAGGCACUUCUCAAGGUGCACCCAUCCAUCUCUGAUGUUGCAAAUUCCAUCCUUAAACCCUUCCUUAGCCAUGUGAUCCCACAGCCCCAGCUGCUGAGCCUCUUAGCAGGAGUCACAGGAUGGUUUGGGUUGGAAGGGACCUUAAAGCUCACCUUAUUCCACCCCCUGCCAUGGGCAGGGACACCUUCCACUGUCCCAACCUUGCCUUGGACAUUUCCAGGGAUCCAGGGGCAGCCACAGCUUCUCUGGGCACCCUGUGGCAGGGCCUCACUACUCUUACAGGGAAGGAUUUUUUUCCACUGUCCCAUCCAAACCUAUUCAGUGUGAAUCCAUUUCUCCUUGUCCCGUUACCACAUGCUCUUGUGAAAAGUCCUUCUCAGUGUUUCUUGUCGGUUCCUUCAGGCACUGGAAGGCUGCAAUUAGGUUACCCCAAAGCUUCUCUUCUCUGGGCUGAACAAUCCCAGUUCUCUCACCCUUUCCUGGCAACAGAGGUGCUCCAUCCCUCUGAUCAUCUUGGUACCUCCCCUGGAGUCGCUCCAACAGGUUGACAUCCUUCCAGAGUCAAGUUACACCACUGCACCAGUAAAUCUGUCCAGAGCCUGCCUCCAUCCAACCCCUGUUGUUGUUCCUUGCCUCCUGGAAUAUGCUUUCUGCCUAAAACAUGCUUUGUGAACCCUCUGGCUUCUCUGUAACCACACAGCAAUGUGCUGUGCAAUUUGUCACUGCUGUAACCCCUCUCCAGCAGUAUUACAUCAGGCACAUGGUCCCACCCGACUGGAGCCAGCCUUUUGUAGGAUACCAACUGAAAAAGUUUACAAUAAACAUUCCAUGUAACCUGA